AUGACGAUGCCAAAUCCCAUGUACACUGCUUCGCCAAUGUAUGCUUCUCCGGCAAUGCCUCAGAUGGCAUCAGCGACACCGUAUUACAAUGGCCCUUCACCAUAUACGCCUGUCAUGGCAGCUCAGCAAACUCCAGGCUAUUAUCCGCCCAUGGGCGCAAUGCAGGUAGGCGGAGGGCCUGUCAUGGCACAGCAACCCUACCCUGUUGUUUAUCAGAGGCGUGGAUGUUGCUGCGAUUGCUGUUAUGGAGAUUGUAGCUGCUGUCUAGGAUUGUAA